UACUUAAUAGACAAUAAUUUGCUGUUUCCAUAAGGAAUCCAACAGGGCCCUCUUAAUUACUGCCAAAAUUGAUGAUGCUUGGCAUGCUUCUGUUCCAUUGACAUCUCAGGAAAAAAUUCCCAAUUUCCCGUUUUUCUCGUUUGACGUAUUACAGUUGUGAUAUUGCCCACAUUCCUUGAAGGCAGCGGGAUACAUCCAGUCAGCGCGCGCCGCAGCCGUUAGUAGUAAAACCAUGCAAAGAUGGCGGAGCUACAAAUGCUGCUGGAGGAGGAAAUUCCUGCGGGACGGAGAUCUUUACUGGACAGUUUUACCAAUCUGGAAAGAGUAGCGGAGUACUGUGAAAGCAACUAUGUCCAGUCAGCAGACAAGGAGCGAGCCCUGGAGGAGACAAAGAGCUACACCACCCAGUCUCUGGCCAGCGUCGCCUACCUCAUCAACACGCUGGCCAACAAUGUGCUGCAGAUGCUGGACAUCCAGGCCUCGCAGCUCCGCCGCAUGGAAAGCUCCAUCAACCACAUUUCACAGACUGUUGACAUUCACAAAGAGAAGGUGGCGAGGCGGGAGAUCGGCAUCUUGACCACCAAUAAGAACACGUCCCGCUCACAUAAAAUAGUUGCUCCGGCCAAUCCAGAGAGACCGGUGCGCUUCAUCAGGAAGCCCAUCGACUACAACGUGCUAGAUGACAUUGGACAUGGAGUCAAGUGGUUGUUGAGGUUCAAGGUGAAUGGCCAGCAGAACAUGAAACUAGGAGUGGGCCUGUCCCGGUCCAACCCCCCCACCCAGAAACCGCCCAGCCCUCCGAGGGCAGGCCAGGGCACCUUAGGGAAGAACUCCCCCUACAGGACACUGGAGCCGGUGCGCCCCCCAGUGGUGCCCAACGAUUAUGUCUCCAGUCCCACCAGAAACAAUAUGGCCGUCGGACAGCUUCCUAGUCCGGCCCGCACUGCCACCCUCAACCAUCGACCCCGAACAUACAGUGGGAGCAGUGGGGGCAGCCAUCCCAGCAGCAGCAGUCGGAGCAGCAGCAGGGAGAACAGUGGCAGCGGCAGCGUGGGCAUUCCCAUCGCUGUGCCGACACCUUCCCCGCCCUCCACCUUCCCAGUUUCCCCGACUACUGGACCUGCUAGCUCUUCCUCCACUGCUCCUAACUCCUCUCCCUCCCCCUCCCCAACUCCUUCCUCCUUCUCGUCUUCUUCCUCCACCGCAACCUUAACACAACCCAACGCACCCUUAUUACAAAACUCAUCUUCGCAACACACCGACUCACCUCCUCCACCAAACCCACAAUCACAUGCACCCAACAACACUUCUCCGGCCUCUAACCCCACCCCGUCCGAUGUCCAAUCGGUUGUUUUACCUGGAGAGGUGUCUCCUCUCCUUCCUCCUGCCCCUCCUCCUCCACUCUCCCCCUCUUCCUCCUCCUCAUCACCUGCCGAAGGCCCCAUCGUCCCUCAGUUCUUCAGUAUGAACCGGCCUCAGCCCCGACAGCAGGCUCAACAGGUGGGGGGGUCACUACCGUACCGCCGCCCCCCCUCUGUGACUGGCCAGCCAAUCGUAACAGAGAACCAGGUCAACGGCGGUCCCUACUACAACCAAAGCCCAGCCUCCCCCCCGCCCCCCUCCCUCCUCCAGUUCAGUCCUCAGCUUCCUCUGAUGGGUUUCGUUGCUCGAGUUCAGGAGUCCAUCUCAGACGUCCCUCCUCCGCCUCACCCAGCUGCCGAGAGCCAAUCAGGGAGCGAGGAGCCCCUCCUUACUCCUCAGCCAUUGGAGGACGGACACGAAGAGGAGGACUCAGCGGUGGUGGAGUACUGCGACCCGUACGCUGAGGAAGACCCACCGUGGGCCCCCAGAACCUACCACGAGAAAGUGGUGGCCAUCUACGACUACGCAGCCGACAAGGAGGACGAGUUGUCGUUCCAGGAAGGAGCGAUCAUCUACGUCAUCAAGAAGAACGAGGACGGGUGGUACGAAGGCGUGAUGAACGAGACCACGGGCCUCUUCCCUGGGAACUAUGUGGAGUCCAUCAUGCACUACGCCGACUGAGGACCAAGAGGAGUGUUUCUGUUUCCGUGUUUGUUCAGUCUGUUUGUCUCCGGACAUGUGUCGUCUCACUCCAGUUCAGCUUCUCGGAUCUGAACUAGAAGGGAAACGUUGACUCGGCUCCUUUUUUUUUUUGUUUUUUCCUUUGGAGUCGCACCAAUCAAUCACAAGCAAAUCAGAGCAUGUGAACAAAACUCGUAGUUUCACUAAUAUUUUAAUGUGACUUUAGUUUAUUGGACAGAAUCAGAAGCUGUAAGUGAAUCUGAGCAUCAGUUCAGACUUUGUUUUGUUCAGCUUUCUGAGCUACAUCUAUCUCUUUCUAGCCAAUAGGCCUUGUAUUUAGGGGUCUCUUAAUGCUGGUUCAGUUUAUGUAUUAAUAAGGUCUCUUGUUGGAGAGCUGAGAGGCAUUUCAGGCAUCUUAAUGUUGUUAUUCGGUGUGAGUUUCACUGCAGAUGUGUUCGUUGUGAAGGAUCCAACAUUUCUUCUCUUUUACAGAAGGUUCAGAGAAGUUUCUUUUGAUCACAAGAAAUGUGUAUAAAUGUCGACACAACACGUUUGUUUUCUUGAAAUCACAAAAUAAUUAUCUUAAUCCUUCGUGACAAAAUGUGCAUGACCCCAUGGCGUUUUUGAAGGAGACAUUUAAACGCGUCUUCUUUACUCUCUCGAUGGAAGAAGCUGUGAAAACGUUCCUUCUCAUGAUAUUGAAAUCAAUAUUUUUGUCACCUCAACUUUCAAUCAUGGAAUGAUCAUUUUAUGUUUACAGGAAAACAAAUCUUGUUAUGUUCAGGCCAUGAUUUGUUUUUUGUGAUCAAAAGAAAACAACAAUUGGGUGUGCACUACAUUAUGUCCUCUUUGGGCUUCCGUAGUUUGCCCUCUGCUACUCUCACCCAGACACCCAACAGAACACAUUCACAGUCCUCACCCUGGUCGGAAAAAUUCAGAUUAUUUUUAAUAUUACCACGUAGGAAACGAGAAGAAAUAUAUUAAAUAUGCUGAGUCUGAUUCCAGAGUUGAAAGGAAGCUAUGCCAAAAAACAACUCUACUAAAUUCAGAGAUUUCCUGACUUUGUAUUUCCUUCCCCGUCUUUCUUCCUCUGAAGCAACUUUACAGACUCUCUCUGGUCUUCUCUGUCUGGUUUAGUGACAAACACAUCGUGUUUCCUGUGACUGCUUCACAAUAAAAGCCCUUUUGUGUUUCACCAGUUGAUGACUUUCAAUGUGAAGCAGCAACAGGAAACGUCAUGUUAGCAGUAACUUAACCCAAAUGUAGUAGGGUUGCAGGAGAUUAAACAGUGAAGCUAUUAUCAAUCAGAUCAAAUUUAGAAAAGGUCUAGAACCUGCCAGAAUGUUUCGGUUAUUUAUGGACAGAAGUGAGUUCAGGGUCUGGAUUUAUCAGACGUCUCAGAUCAGGAAACCAUUCCUAACCGGCCAGAAACUCUCAGAGUGACGCAUCUUUUAUUCUACUUCCAGCACAAGAAGUAAAAGCAUUUUAUCUUUUAAGUUUCCCCCGAGAACUGUCCCUCCUCCUUCCACUUGUUAUCAUCGUCUUCCUCAUUCACGUCAACCUCACCUGCUUUCGUAUUAAUAUUGUGAAAGCUUAUAGAGACGCUGGUAUUGUAACUGACCGCUACGCCUACACACCACGACAUCAGUGGCUUCGGUGUAUAAGGAGGAUUUAUUUAAUUUAUAUUUUACUUCCCUUUGACCUUUGCCUUAACAGAUAUCUCAACAUUUGACUGUCUCGAGAGCCUUACCUCCAUCUUAUCUAUCAAUAAAGUAAAUAAGAACUCUGGGAAAAGAAUUAGAGAUGAAACGAAGCACGUAGUGUCACAAAAGAGUUAAACGAAUUAAACUUCAAUAGAAGAAAGAACAAUGACACUCACUGAAGCUGUGUGAGUGAAGUGGAAGUCAUCCUGCUGUGACGAACAGUUUUCAGUAAGAUUUGUGCCAUAACUCUUCAUCAUCAUCAGCUUCCUCACACAUCUGUCUUUCAAGUGAAGUCUGUAACUUGAGCCUCUGUGUGUUAGUUUAGAGGUGAUGAAGCAUUUUACCACCAAUAAAUUACCUUAAAUACAUCUGGUGGUCAGCGUAGACGAAGACUGUUAUUUUUGGAUUGUGAAGAUUUAGUAGUAAAAUUCAUUAAAGUGUUUGGUCUUAUGGUUUUAGUUCUCAAUAUAAUGUCUAAGAACAUAACUCAAACCUGACAAUCUAAACCUCUAGUUUGGAAGAGAAAUGAAGCAUAAGGAUAUUAUAUUAAAGGGACACAGUGCUGUUUUUGAACAUCUUAACUCUACACUGAUACCCCAAAAUACUGACCUUAAGAUAAGAUAGAUUCAUUUAACUUUAAAAUAGGAGAACUUGCAUAAAAUGUAGGAAUCAUUUACGUGUAGCCAUACAGAACUUAACCUAUUAUUACUUGUAUUAAUUUUGCUCUAGUUUGAUAGGAUCUCUAAGCAUCCACUGAAGUGUUGAUCAGUACAUAUUAAACUACAGAACGUAUUUAAAAUGGAUUCACGCGUAUCUGAAGUGUGACUUCUGUUGUGCUGCCUCAGCCUGUGGCCGAGUGGUGAAGUGGACCUGAACAAACUGCCUGGUGGAGAUUGUGGACCUGUUGCCAGUGUUGAAGUUUACAGUGUGUUUGCCUGCAUGCCUGAUAUAUAACUGACAGUUUUAUUCAAAUUGUUUUCAUAUUCAUUUUCUUUGUGUGUUUUUUUUCACCAACUUGCUUUAUGGUCUCUGUUUGAUCAGCUGGAGGUUGUGAUGUUUCUGUUCAGUAAUGUUUGGUUGUAAUCGCCCUUUAAAGAGACGUCCCGUGUGUUUGGACUCCAGACUGACUCUCAGAUUGGAGGUGGAUAUUAUUGUGCCAUAUAUCCAGGUGUGUGUGUGUGUGUAUGUGUGUGUGUGUGUGUGUGUGCGCGUGCGCCGUAUGAACCAAACCCUCCCUCGUGGACUCAAGUGACUAUGGACCUGAAACAGUGUUUCCUUGUUGUACAGUGUUAUUUAAGAGCCACAAAAAGCAGAGCAUGCCGAUCUCUGAGAGGAAAACGAAUCUUCUUGGCUGCAUCUUAUUUUCCUGAAGAUGGAGUCGGUGUGUGUUCAGUAUAAAAAGGUUUAGUACAUGUUUCCUCACAGUGUGAAUCCAACAGACCAGUGAACUUAAAGUAGAAACACUAAGCAGCCAUGAGUGCAUCACUUUAAAUAAUUUAACCUUUUAGUAUUCUGAGAAUUACAGGAAGAAGUUACAUGCCUGAAGAACAUCAUUUUGCUCCAUAUCUCCUCCAGUUUUGAUGCUAGAAAAACAAAUCCUAUCUAAAAUGAUGCACCGUUCUUUGUAGAUGGCUGCUGUGACUUUUCUAAUUGACAACUGUUAUAUUUGAUGAAUGACUGAGGUUUAGAAACAACCCUAUAGACAGAUAUUGUGUUCAUAUCACAGCAAAAAGGAUUCAGUACAAAAGGCAAUAAAUAUUCCUUAAUGCUCUUUACAGCACACUGAUCUUCAGGUCAUUGUGAUGACGUGUUUAUUUAGAGUUAUUCAUAUGUAUAGUGCAUUAAAGUAUAUGGAUUUAUAUUGUAUUAUAACUCAGCCAAUACAUUAUGGUCUGUCAGUGUUCUUGUGAUUAUAAAGUCAUUAAAAAAUAA